AUGAGAAGCUGGAUUAGGGCGCUUGGGGUAUCUGCCUUUUUGGCAGGCCAGGCUCUUGCGAACGAAGCGGAAUUGACACAAGAUCCCUCCCGUCGGAUACAAUGUUCGGGCAUGUAUAGCCGCAAGGCCUGGGGAGGAAGUGUCGACCCCUUCAUUUUGACCAAGUUCGCUAAAUCUUCUGCCGGCGAGGAUCCCCUUGCCAGUCUUGUGAUAUUUGAAUGGACCGAUGAACAUUUGAUUGGAAGACGUGUCUCCGAAGAUCCCGAGGAAUAUCAAUCAAUCUGCGAUGAAGCCAGCGUCACAGCCGAUUUGUGUACUAAAGGACAACUCGGUUCUUUCCUCCUCGCCCCGAACGCCACCGAAGCCGCGCAAUUCCGUAUAAUAUCGCAAGCAGUACACCUCAAGAACCCGGAAGCCAUCAACUAUCCCAUAAAGAAGACCGGAUACUAUUGCGUGAGCACGUAUGGGUAUUCGGGUGAGGACUACCGGGCCGUGGUAGAAUUUCGGAACUCAUACGGCGAGCUUCCGGCGGCGCAGAUUGCGAAACUGCCCUUCUACGGAGGCUUGACCAUUGUUUAUGCAGUGAUUGGCCUGUACUGGGCAUUUUUAUACGUCCAAAAUCGGCACGAUAUUUUACCCGUGCAAAACUACAUAACUGCUAUCCUGGUCUUCUUGAUUUUAGAGCAAUUGAUGACCUGGGGUUUCUACGAUUUCCAAAAUCGACAUGGAUUGAACAUUGGAGCAAAAGUCCUGAUGGUUAUUGUCGCUGUCCUCAACGCUAUGCGCACCUCCUUCUCGUUCUUCCUUCUUCUCAUUGUCUGCAUGGGCUACGGUGUGGUCAAGCCCUCAUUAGGACGGACUAUGGUAUAUGUUCGCAUUCUCGCCAUAACGCAUUUUGUUUUCGCUGUUAUUUACGCUGUUGCGAGCUUGUCCAUCACUCCCGAAGCGGCAGGCAUUCUGAUUCUUUUUAUUGAGCUUCCUCUGGCGGCUACCUUAACCGCGUUCUACGUAUGGACCUUGAGCUCUUUGAACGCAACGAUGAAAGACCUCAUCGACCGAAAGCAGAAGACAAAGGCCAUGAUGUACAAGAAGUUAUGGUACUGUCUUUUGGGCAGCAUUAUCGUGCUUUUCGGCUUCAUUUUCAUCAAUGCGCUGGCCUUUGCUAGCCGCACCGAAGCCGACUUCCUGCCCGAUCAUUGGAAGAACCGAUGGUUUGUGUUGGAUGGAUGGCUGAGCGUUGUCUAUCUCGUUGAUCUGGCGUUCAUCGCCUAUCUCUGGCGACCCACUGCCAACAACAGGCGCUUCGCAAUGAGUGAUGAGCUUGCUCAAGAUGAUGAUGGAUUUGAGAUUCGAUCUUUCAACGGAGCGUUGGAUGAAGAGGACGCCCUUGGGGGCCUAGAUGAACAUUCUCCUGAGCCACGUCGCGACCUGUCACCAGUACCUCCAAAGCCAGUUCCCUCCGCGGCACGAACUCGAGAGUCAUUGGAUGGCGAGACUAUCUUCGCUGUUGGUGAAGAUGGUGACAAAUGGUCCGACGAUGAGGACGAGUCGCCGCGCAACUCAACCGAGAGGAAAGCCCUGACGAAGAAUAUGGACUAA